AUGUCUGAUAGAUUGAAUAAAACUAUCCAAAGGUUUCAAGCCAAAGUAGAUUCAGGUUCAUUUUAUGAAGCACAUCAAACAUUAAGGACAAUAACGAAUAGAUACGUUAAAUCAAAACAAUAUAAAGAAGCAAGAGAUUUAUUAUAUCAAGGUUCAUCAAUUUUAAUUAAAAAUAAAGAAUAUGCAUCAGCAGCUGAUUUAAUAAAUUAUUUAAUUCAAAUAUAUGAAGAAGAAAAAAUAACAAUAACAGAUACAGAUUCAAAAUUAAAAUUAAUUGAAUUAAUAUCAAAUUUACCAAAUAAUGAUCCACUGCUUAAUGAUUUAGCUAAGACUAGUAUUAAUUGGUCAAUUAAAUCUCCUGAAUGUUCAAAAUUUGGUGAUAAUGAUUUACAUCAUUUAUUUGGUACAAAAUUAUUAAAUUCAAUAAAUGAUGAAACUGAUAAUGAAAAAAAAUUAAAUAAAUUUGCAAUUGCAGAAUUACAUUUAGUAUUAGGAACUUUUGAAUCAAUUCCAAUAUAUACAAAUUUUUUAGUUGAAGUAUCAAAAUCUAAUCCAUCCAUUGAUCCUGGAGUAUUUUUAUCAAGAGCUAUACUAAAUUAUUCAUAUUUAAAAAAUAUAAACUUUGUUAAAGAAGCACAAUCAAUAUUUUUCAAGAAUAUAUUAAUUGAAUCAGAAUCAAUUAAUGAUGAAGUAUUAUAUACUGAAAAUCAACCAUUAUUAAAUUUUUUACAAUUAUUAACUCUUGUAUUACAAAAAGAACCUCAAACAAAUAGUCAAAAAUUUUUAAAAUUAUUUAAUAAUUAUAAAGGAGAAUUGAAAAAAUAUGAAAUAUUAACAUCUGUGGAAUAUUUGGGUAAAUUAUAUUUUAAUUUAAAUAUUGGUAAUUCAGGACAAUCAAAUAAUAUGUUGGCAAAUUUCAUGUCUGGAUUACUUAAAUAA